AGACUUUGAAAUGGGAAACAUUUUCUCUGUGAUCGCUGUUGUCUGCCUACUGGUAAGUCGUUAUUUUGAGCGAAAUUAGAAAAUUCGAUGCCUCGAUGGUAAAUUCGAUGUAAAUUCGAUGCCUCGAUGAUUCUUAUGAUGCUCGAACUAACUUAAAAGUACUUCCUGUUAUGGAUGUUGAACGCUUUUAGAUCAGUCGAACAAAAUUCAACUGCCAACCCUCUUCUGCUAUGUGACGUCCUCACUUUGCACAUCUACUCAAUCACAGUUUGGUCAACUGCGUUACCUUUGUUUUGCAGUAGGAGUCACAUCACAAAGUUUCAUGUUUUACAACGUGCAUACAUUUUUCUUCCAAACUCGUGCACCUCUAUCCACCUACGCCUUCAUCACGUUUCAGUCUUCCACCCACGUUCUUUAUCCCAUGACAAUAUCAGCUUCGCUUAUCGGCGGAAUUUGAAUUUGAUCCACUUAAAUCACGGCUAAAUUUAUAGUUUCAAACCUCAUAUACGAAAGAUUUAAAUCAACAUCUGUUUACUUCUACUUUUAGCUCGGGGUUUGUGGGUACCUUUUAUCUUUGAAGCUCUCACGAGCGACAUUGCAUCUACGCCAUGGUCAUCUCAAAUUUUCAAUUUGCACAUUUCACUCAUGCGUUAAUUUUAAAACAGAAUAACGCAACAAAUACGGGACGUUUCAAUAUCUAAUUUAAGCAAAGCUGAAUACGUACCCUUGCACACUGUUGAGUGUUUACGUUUCUGCAUUUUUCGGUGAAAAUCUGGAGUAAGAGUGGAAGCAGGAGGACGCGUCGCCGAGUAGUAGGCAGGCUACACUUGCAACCUGGGCCCAGUUGUUCAAAGGCCGAUUAGCCCUAACCCAGGGUUAAAUUUUAAUCCAGCUUUCUUUAUUUCUUUAUUCAAAAGUCUUUUAGGAAAAAUGUUCACUAUUCUUUUUAGAACAUCUAAUGAUCAAAUUGCAAGCAAAAAGAUUUGACCUGAAUUUUCUCUUAAAUUUUUCAGACCUGAAAUUAAAUUUCACAACAACCGGGGCCUGGUCUAAAUGUACUGUUCGAGUCUUGCAAAUAGCCAACGGGUCUGCCUUCAAACAGUUAUGGUUUAUAACCAUGUCCUGUUGUAUUUUUGAAUUAUUUCUUUCACUGAACUAAACAUCCUAAACAGCAUUUAUCUCUUGCCUAACAUGUACACCAUUUUGAUGUCGAGUCCUCUUUUAUAGGUUAAGUCAGUGUCUUCAGCCAUAUUUUGUCAAGAAGACCAUCAUGGACAUGGUCUGUCCCUGGUACUUGACAGCAUUACAAUUCAAGCAUUUAGCCUAGGAUUCAGCCUUCUGAUUCUUUACCUUGUGUACAGUAUGUUUUCAUUUGACAGCAGUUUGGCCGACAGAAACCAGUCAGCAGACCGCUAUGAUCAUAAUUCUAAACAAAGAAUACUAAAUGCACAAUCUGGUGAGUGUCAAAAAGACAUCAGGAUACUUAUUAAACGUACUCAAUUACUUUGACAUAAAGAAGUUAAGCAUUUUAAUAUUAUUUUUAUUCUGUUAGCCUGCAAGAAGGACGUGCUUUUUGAAUAUCCAGUGCAACAAAGUACUGACCAUAUAGUAUUUCAGAAGACUGGGGUAGAAGUGAUGGAAGUGAAGGUUGCUAAUGGAUUGACACUCACCAAUAGAUGGAUUCCGGGAAAUGUGAUGUUACAAGCUUGCACUGAAGCAAUGCUGCCAGACCAUUUACAGGAGGAUGAGUUGUCUCUAAGCCCAGUAUAUAAAUUUGUAUCAGAUGUUGUAAAGUUGGACAGACCACUUGAAGUUUGGAUACCUCAUGGUGCAAACAUUGUUUUAACAGGCGAAAACUGGAGUGUAAUUUUGAAGGAGUAUCAAAACGACAGUUGGGUAACUGUUGGCCAAACUAGUAAAAGUAUCAAAACACAAGAAUCAAAGAACUUUGUCUGUAAAAGCAAUCAUGUGAGAUUCAAGACUGACCAUUUAUCAACUUUCAAAGUAACUGGAAAGUUUGAAACGUCUCGGUCGACUUUGGCCGUUAAGAGAAUGAAGGUUGUAGCAUUCUGCAGUGAAACCAAAGUUGGAGAAGAACUUGUUGUCAGGCUUUACUGCUUUGAUGAUUGUGAAUGGUCUCUCGAGGUAUAUGAUUUUCAUUUUAUGAUAAUUUAGAUCAGUGUUAUUGUUAACGCUACUUCUUAAAAUAACGCGACAUUAUGGAAAAGAAAUUUGCGAUACAAACUACUGGUGCCAGGCCAUGUGCACUCGUGCAAACAGUACCUCAACCAAAAAUGUUUUCUAUUUGUUUUACGGAGUUUUUGAUUUAUGAUCGGGCCUUGUUUCAUCAUUUUAUUUUCAAUCAAAAAUAUUGCUUUCUGUUUUUUGUCUUGGAGAAAGCACAAUCCUAAGUAAAUUGAAGUUAGUUGUCUUUGUUUAUUUUUUACCGUUACAGAGGAUGAUGCGAAUGGAGCAGAAAAUUGGAGGAAGACUCAUGUCCUCGAUCGAAUCUGUCAGCUUUUCUGUUACCAGUAAACAGGGUCUUAACAUAUCUGUAAAAGAUCUUGCGGGCUGGCAGCUGAAUAAGGCCUCCCCACUGGUAUUUCCAAAAACUUGUCACUUGCUUUCCUGGACAAACCGUCCAUUAAAUCUGUGUUAUAGUCUUAACUCCUACUUGUGUAGUUCAGUUCCUUUUUUUUACCUGUUUCUAUUUUUAUCAUUAAGGCAGAAGAAAUGAGAAGAUAGGCGCAGGAAAUUACUAUCAGGGUCAUAUUUUGUAUCUUUUGCCUCUUCUCGAUAGCCCCGCAGCUCAUAGAAGAAAUUUUCUCUUUGUUUAUUAUUAUUAUUAUUUUUUUAGUUCAUUCCUUAAAUAUGCCAUAAGCGUACCAAGAAUUUUAUGUAAACUUCUGACAAGAAUUUAAUUAUAAAUCAUUUCUUUUAUUAUAACUCUAGAAAUUCAGCUUUGAAUCACUGAGGAACUCCUUCAACGUCAUUCCUCGGUGUGAUCUGGUAUUCCAACCUUGCAGGAAGUCACUAAGCACCAGUGUUUUUGUGGAAUUGGUUUUAAAUCAUGAACCAUCUGGUGAAACAAGGAUUUAUGCAUCCACAUCACUGAAAAAGGUAAAGAAAUAUCUAGCCUAUAUUUUAACUUUCUUUCCUCUUGCGUUCUGACAAACGUAUCCGAGUCCAGCCCCGCAAACACUAUUUCUAUAUAUUUUCUCCCGUAGAGAUUUUUAGAAGAUCCUUUAAUGAGAGCAUUUGAACAUGAUGAAGUGGAAAAGUAGGAGGUAAGUAUUAAAAUGAGGUUGACGUGAAGUUGAUUCAUAGUGUUAUAGUUUAACCAUAACUUUUUUCAUUCUUUUCUUAGUUCAUUCUCAAAAACUUCCCGACGAAGAUGAUUAACAUAUCACAAUACUGGAAAUAUGAAUAUUUAGGAAACGUUUUUUGAGAUGCACAGUGAGCGGCCAAAUCAUAACUGAUUGAGGACUAGAAAUAUAAUAUUAUAGGAAAUUUUUAGUUCAGUAGACAACGUUUUAAGCAUCGAUCAACGUCUGCUGUUUAUGAUACUUAAAUAUCAGGAACUUCACAGCAAAACAGAAAUGUUUUUCACAAAAUAAUCCGAUGGCACAUUUCAAAAUACUUUCAUUUUUUGGUAAUGACGAAUAAACCACUCUAUUUUAACCAACAUGAACGUACAUUUUUUAUCUAGUUUAAUAGUAUUUAUAUCUCAACCAAAAAUGUAUGCAAGGGCGGGGAAAACAAUUAUAUCAAGAAAAGGAUUUAUUUACAGAAGGGUAGAGUGCGGAGUCAGUGUAUACUUCUCGAUGAGGAGUCCAGCACACUAAGUCCAUUAUGCUACUAUACCUCUCCCUUGCUUUGUGUUCAAUAAAAAAAUAUUCAUUAUAAA